CUUUGAUGGGGAGCUAUUCGGGUCCUCAGUAGAGCUGAAGAUCUAACGGAUCUGGGAGCCCGGAAAAGACGGAGAACCCAAAAUUUUGUUGGGGGUGUGUGCUAUCGCACACCUCGCAAAACUAGGACUCUGAAGGUUUUCCGGAAAUCGAACCUUUUUGGUGCCAAGCCCCCAAAGCGUCUACUUUAGAUAGUUCUACUAUCUAGUUCUACUUUAGUCUUCUGGACACCUACCUUCGCCUCAGCUCCUGCAAGUAGCAAACCGGGGUCGGGGUAGGGGGUAGAGUUGGGGGUUGAGAACAAAGAACUAGAGCCCGGUCCUCCCUGGGGUCUAUGAGCCCGUGCACGGAUGAAGCAUUCCCUUCUCCUAGUUCUGUUUCCUGUCCUGACUAGAAGGCAGCUGGGAGCGAUCCUCUCUGUUCUGGCGGGUGUCCAUGGCAGUCAGUCCCAUUGGCCCAACACACAUUUGAGUUUCUACCUCCACGGAUGCUAGACAGAUACAGGGCCAGAUUAAGCUGUGGUUGAUGAAUGGUCCUAGCUUUGCCUCUGGGUUGCCAUCAGGUAGAGGCCAGAACAGGUGCUGAGAAGUUUUGAACUUUGGGAGCUCCUAAGUGAAGAUCAGGGAGAAAGAAGGCCUCCUUCAAACUUCCUACUGUGUGUGGGAUGGGGGGCAGUAAGGGCAAAGGCCAGGAGUUGGGGAGGAGCAGGUUUGUGGGUGGGUAGGGGAGCUUGAGGGGCACAGGUAAUAGGCUCCAGCAAGGAUCUGAACUGGAUUCUAAAGCAAGGCGUGGAGGCCAUGGAAGGAGAGCAUUAGUGAGCGAGACUGCUGUGCUGCCUCACAGCUUCAGCUCCCUGGUACCCAGUACCUUGGAUGGGUGGCCAGGCCACCAUUUCUUUGCCUAUCUUAUAUGGCCCUGUGCCUCUCUGCGUCUCUGACUUUUCCUCUGUAAAAACUUGGUGAUAAUUCUUAACUAAACUAAACAAGACAUUUCGGGCACGACCUGUUGUCCUCUUCCUACUACAGGGCCCAGCUAUUCCUCCUCCAGAAUGCCAGAGGGCCCAGAGCUGCACCUGGCCAGCCACUUUGUGAAUGAGACUUGUAAGGGGCUGGUGUUUGGUGGGUGUGUGGAGAAGUCCUCUGUCAGCCGAAAUCCGGAGGUGCCCUUUGAGAGCAGUGCCUACCACAUCUCAGCUUUAGCUCGAGGCAAGGAGCUGCGCUUGACACUGAGUCCCCUGCCUGGGUCCCAGCCCCCUCAGCAGCCACUGUCCCUUGUCUUCCGCUUUGGUAUGUCUGGAUCCUUCCAGCUGGUACCCGCAGAGGCACUGCCACGACACGCUCAUCUACGUUUUUAUACAGCCCCACCUGCCCCACGGCUUGCCCUUUGCUUCGUAGACAUCCGUCGAUUUGGCCACUGGGACCCUGGGGGUGAAUGGCAGCCAGGCCGUGGACCCUGUGUCUUGCUGGAGUAUGAACGGUUCAGAGAGAACGUACUACAGAACCUAUCGGACAAAGCCUUUGACCGGCCCAUCUGCGAGGCCUUGUUGGACCAGAGAUUCUUCAAUGGCAUUGGCAACUAUCUGCGAGCAGAGAUCUUGUACCGGCUGAAGAUCCCCCCUUUUGAGAAGGCCCGUACAGUUCUAGAGGCCCUGCAACGGUGCCGGCUGAACCCAGAGCUGACCCUGAGCCAGAAGAUCAAGGCCAAACUGCUGAACCCAGACCUGCUGGAACUGUGUCACUUGGUGCCUAAGGAAGUGGUUCAGCUGGGGGGCAAAGGCUAUGGGCCAGAGCGUGGAGAGGAGGAUUUCGCUGCCUUUCGAGCCUGGCUUCAGUGCUAUGGCAUGCCAGGCAUGAGUUCCCUGCGAGACCGGCAUGGCCGUACCAUCUGGUUCCAGGGUGAUCCCGGACCCUUGGCACCCAAAGGGGGCAGAUCCCGAAAAAAGAAGUCACAGGAAACACAGCUGGGGGCUAAGGACAGAAAAGAGGACUUUCCUCUUUCAAGCAAGCCCAUGUCCAGGACACGGAGGGCCAGGAAGCACCAUCCUAAGAGUAUAGCUCAACAGCCUGAAGGGACUAGCCUCAAACAAAACCAGGAAACCCCUACAGCCCUUAAGAAAGGGAAGAGAAGGCGGCGACAGGCGAGCACAGGCCACCACAGAGCCCCAAAGAGUAAGCCCGACACCCAACCCAGGGAGGCUGGGGAGAAUUCAGCCUCAUAGAUGGAGAUUUUCUUCCCUGAUGCUAUGAAUCUAGGGGAAUGUCUGAAUCCCUAAAAGCUGUAUUUGUAGGGCUGCAUGCCCUAGGCCCUGUGACUUUUCAUGCACAACUGUUUUUUGAGGCAGGGCCUCAUAUGUCCUAUCCUUGAAUACAUAUGGACCUGAAGAAGACACUGAACUCCCGUUUAAUCUUCCUGCUUCAUUUCCAUGGUUGCUGGGAUUACAGGUGUGAGCUGAGCCACCACUCCGCUAACUGAUUUGUUGUUGUGUAUUUUUUCAAGACAAGGGUUUCUCUGUGUAGCCUUGGCUGUCUUGGAACUCUUCUAUAGAACAAGCUGGCCUCAAACUCAGAUCUGCCUGCUUCUGCCUCCCAAAGUAUUAGAAAUGUAUAUCAUUUCCCAAGUGAAAACCAUUAUCAAACUAGUAAAUUUGAACUUCUU